AUGGCAUAUGCAUAUGCUCAGAAGAUUCUUUAUGGUGCUCAUAUGUUGUCUGAAGAAGAAAAAUAUUGGUGGGAUAAUGCUAGACCAAGGUUUGAGGCUAAUGGUACAAUGAUUACUUGGGCUGUUUUCAAGAGAGAAUUAUUGGAAAAAUAUUUCCCCGCUGAUGUGUGUGGCAGGAAAGAGGUGGAAUUCCUUGAACUUAAGCAAGCAAAUAUGAUUGUUGCAAAUUAUACCGCCAAAUUUGAACAAUUGUCUAAGUUCUGCCCUCACUAUAAUGGAAUAGAGGUUGAGAUGUCUAAGUGUAUCAAGUUUGAGAAUGUAAUGCGCCCAGAGAUUAAGCAAUUUAUUGGGUAUCGGGAAAUUCGUCGGUUCUCCGUGCUGGUUAACAAGUGUCGCAUCUAUAAUGAAGACAUUCGUGCUAAAUUCUCUCAUUACAACAAUGUCAGUGACAAGAGAAUGGUAACCUGA